CAUAUAGGAUUGCCUUUAAGAGUUUACACUACAACGAUAGAGCCGAUUUGACAUUAGUGUUGCGAGGUCUUGAAAAUCCCUUUCGGGUGGGCGACUCGCUCUGCGGGACGGCUUCGGGCUCCGAGGAAAUCGUCACACAUUGGCAAAAAGUCGCCAGGAUGUUUUUCCUCCACAACCUGGAGCGGCGGGUCACGCUGCACCCUUCCUACUUCGGCAGAAACAUGCACGAUCUGGUCACAUCGAAACUCCUAAAGGAUGUUGAAGGAACGUGUGCCGGCAGUUACUACAUAAUCUCCAUCAUGGAUACCUUUGACGUCUCCGAGGGGCGUAUCCUGCCGGGAAGCGGCCUGGCCGAGUUUAUCGUUGGCUAUCGUGCCGUUGUCUGGCGGCCCUUCAAGGGCGAAGUGGUUGAUGCCAUCGUCUACUCUGUCAACCCACACGGUUUCUUCGCUCAGGCUGGGCCGUUGCGCCUGUUCGUUUCGAAUCAUUUAAUGCCCGAGGAGAUCAAAUAUGAUGCGAAUGCCACGCCUCCACAAUUCACCAAUAACGCUGACUGGGUUAUCGAGCCUGGCACUCACGUCCGAGUAAAGAUCAUCGGGACCAGGACAGAGGUUGGCGAGAUGUGGGCGAUCGGCAGUAUCAACGGUGAUUUCCUUGGAUGCCUUCAGGCUUGAGCUGGUUGAGCUCAGUCUCUGCAUACACCACUGCCUUU